CUUAAGGUCUCCGGUGUGUCUGAGCAGUGUUAUGUAAUUGAACUUGUCGACUAACAACAGUAAUCUGACUGUGACGUUCAUGGAUUUGCAUUGUGCUCGCUGUGGCGCUGUGUUUGCAGCGCUGUUUGGCCAAGCCUGUAAUUUGAGGGGCAUUUCAUUUUUUCUGCAUACACCCUGCAAUCAUCCCACACCUUUUUCUUUCCAUCGGUGUGGGACAGUUUCAAAUGUUUGUAGUCUUCAUUUUGUCCUAUAUUCACCUUGAUCAGUGUCUUUGCACAAACAUGGUCCUACUCUCACAUCCAGGCUUGAUUUAUAGUGACUUGAUCAGGAGUGAGCGAGGUUGUAUUUGGGUCAGGAAGUAGGCAGCCUUACGUACACGCACACACAGACACACACAGACACACACACACAGACAUGCAGACUAAUCUGUUAAAGAGCCUAUCAGACAGACAGCAAAAUAGGACGACUGGUCUGCUGCAUAUAGGCCCACGUCUACCUACAAAGGUAAGGCUGUAAGUGAUUAUGCCAUGUUGACAAGAAGCAAAAGUUCACCAAAUACGCGGUCAGAUUGUUGAUCUUGUUUACUCAGUGUUUGAUCAAAUAUUGCCUCGUCUGAUUUUAUUAAUUCUAAGCUGUAUUUCAUUUAGUCAAAAAUGUGUGUUUGGGUUAGGACGGCUUCAAACUCUCCUCACUUAUAGAGUGUGUUUACGUAACUCUUAAGAAACACAUGGGGUUUUGGAGGAUUGAGCUGUAGUUUAUGCUGUUAAGAAUGGCAUCGUAGAUUAUAUCUCCACCAUCAACACUAUUGUAUUAUGUACAGUAAUGGCCGCCAUCCACAUACAAGGUAAAUGUUGGCUGUGGCAGGUAAAAAAAUCCAAGUAACCUUCCUCCAAACUCCAUACAGGUGUUCUCUGUUCACUUUGUUUUAUAGCUGCUCACAUGUUGUCCUGGAUGAUUUUAGACCACACAAGUCUGCUGCACCUUUGGCAGUUUGAGAUGAAUUCAGCAUCUAUUUGUUUUAGAUCCUUACUUUUGAAACGUUCAGAAAAGAGGAUGGUGACAGAAAUAUAUCCGUGUUAAUGCUGUUUAGUCGAGCGAAAAGAACGGAGUGGUUCUGAAAGGUCCAUUAGUAACCGUGUGUGUGUGUGUGUGUGUGUGUGUGUGUGUGUGUGUGUGUGUGUGUCUGUGAGAGUGUGUGUGUGAGAGAGUGAGCUCAUUUGUAACUCAGUCCCUGUAGCAGCUCAGCACUUACUGCCCCCCCCGUGCGGAGCAGGGUUUCCUGCCUUCGCUCCCUGCUUCUCCUUUACUCCCUCACUCUUUCUUUACGCUCGCUCAUCCUUACUCUGUGGGAGAUGAGGCUUUUCCUAAAGGAGUCUUUGUGCGAGUUAGAGAGAGGGAAAGAGAGAGGGAGAGAGCGAGAGAGAGAGAGAAAUGCUAUGGUGAGACAGGCCAAAGGGAGAGAAGGAUACUAGCUGACUGUGUUAAGCUUGGCCGGAGCCCAGUCCCACAGCUUCACAGAGCCCACUUCUGUUUACCUUCAAAGACCGACCGGAAAAAUACUAACAUUUCACACAUUGACAGGUCUCUAAGCUGUUCAUUUCGUUCUCUGCUCGUUUCUAAAUGCACCUUGCAGUUGGUGAUUAGAAAUGAUCUGCACUGUGUUUACACUACGAUCAAUGCCGUCAACCCGCGAAGUGAGGUCUGUCACUCCCCUGAACACUUUCUACAUUGCAUAAUGAGUCAAUGACACCACGGGUCGUGUGGGUGAGAGUUGAUAUCCGACUCAGCUGUUAAUGGUUAACUCUGGCCAGGUUAGAGUCCGCUCACUGUGCUAUAUUCACAUGCAUUCUUCCUUCACUGUGCUCUCCUUUGCCUUUUACACUGGGCAGGAGCACCAUGAAGGACCCUGGAUAAUACGCCACUGGAUUUAACGUUAACGCGUUCUCUCGGAGAGUGCGCCUCGUCCUUGGAGCUGGAUUUAUAAACAGCCUGACGUAGCAUAGAACCCGCGUGGAACACUUCAUCAACACGAGGACUGUUUGUGACGAAGAGAAUGAAGGCACGCGCCCCACCUCCGCCACAGGUCCCUCUACCCGCCCCGCGCCACAUCUUUAGAAACGCUGUACCUGACGGGGGAGGCACGUCAGGCGUGGACGCCAAGGAGAACCUGCUGAGGCCCACGGUGGAUUUACAACUAACCCUACCACAGGGGAACCAGACGGCAAUAACUGAGGAUGGCAGUAAGGCGCUGAUGGACCUGCUGGUCGAGUUGUGUAGCCGCCACCAUCUGAAUCCGGCGCUGCACACCCUGGAGCUGCUGUCGCCCGAGGGCCACUCUUUGGGGUUCAAGCCCAACGCUCUGCUGGGCUCCCUCGACGUGGCCUGCGUCCUCAUCAAGGAGAAAGUCUGGGAGGAGAGAGUGGUGCGCAGACCGGCGCCCAAAGUGCCAGAGAAAACGGUGCGUUUGAUGGUGAACUACCACGGCAGCCAGAAGGCAGUGGUACGGGUCAACCCGUUUGUACCCCUACAGGCUCUGGUACCAGUCAUCUGUGACAAGUGCGAGUUCGAGCCUACACAUGUCCUGCUGCUGAAGGACAGCAUCAGUCGCCACGAGUUGCCGCUGGACAAAUCUCUAACAGAGCUGGGGAUCAAGGAGCUCUACGUACACAAUCAGAGUCUAGUUCUUCAGCCUAAGCGGGCUUCUGCUCCAGCUCUUAACUACUCAGACUCCAUGCGCUCCAGUACUACCAGUUUGAACAGAGCAGAGAAGAAAGGCCUCUUGGGUAUCUUCCAAUUCAGCAGGAGGAAAACCAAGACUGACACAACAUCUAUGGACACGGAUGACUGUGAUGAUAAAGUUAUCCAAAUAACAGACACUCAAUCUAACGGUCUGUCCACCGCGUCAGGGGUCCCCAGCGUCGAAGACCGGCCCAGCACCUUAGGCCAGUCUCAGUCCGUCAUGAACCUACCCAGGAUGUCUCCCAAGGCUGAGGCCAAGAAGAGGAGGGCCCCAGCGCUACCCGGAGCCCCAACACCCACCAUGGGACACGCUAGCUUUGAGGGCUAUGAGACGGGCCUCGGCUCAGAAAGCCAGCAGAGGAAAAGAAAGGCCCCGGCCCCUCCUCCCACCCCAGCUUCCAUCUCCCCAGACCCCGACGACACUUCGACCUCUGCCUCUCCCACCCCUGAUAGCCCCGCUACCGACACACCCACCCCAGCCUUCUGUAGCAAGGCGGUUCAGUCAAACACCGUCUCUGCUGCCGCUGUGGUAGCGCAAACGGUGAAACCAGUGCCCUCGAAAACAACAGUAAACCCUUCACCUGUGUGCGCUGCCAGCCCGACCCCCAGUUCCCCGACACCAAGCAGCAGCACCACCGAGAGCCUGUCUGUCCAGGAUUCCAGCUCUGAACUGAGCCACAACCUCGACGACUUGGACGCUGACCUCGACCAGGCUGCUUCUUACUGCAGCACCCUCACCAGCAGCACAGCGAGCGGGUCUGUGCGGGUCCAGCCCGCUGUGAAAAGCUCCGGCCACAAGGUGGAGGGAUCGGUAAAGGCCGAUCCCUCCACCUGCCAAAGCAGCACAGCUGCCAAAUUGAAUCAGGAGGCGACCUCAGCCAGCACCUCCGGGUUGGAGACCGAGUUGGCCCUAAACCUGAAACCGGAUGACGUUGAGAACAACAGACACAGCGCAAUGGGAGCCGCUGAUCAACCAGCGCCACCCAAACCUCGGCGCACCACGUUGCAGGAACCACCACAGCUUGUCCUACCCCCCACUCUGUCCUCCCCUCCCAUUGAGCCCACAGAAAGCAACGCCCCGCAGAGUCCCGUGGAGGCAGAGGAAGCAGCUCCCCAGUCUUGGCUGCACUCCAUGCAAAGCUCCGCAGCCAGUUGCCGGAAACCAGAAACUGAAACCCCCGAGGAGGAGACCGUGUCUUUGGGCAGCAGCACCAGCGGUGGCAGCAGCCUGCCCGACCAGGGUUACGCUGCCUCUGAGGGCAUGGUAGAGGGCGAGGACUCGGGCAUGGUCAGCUCUCCAUCUGACACCCAACCCACAUCCCCAGAUGGGAGUUUGUCUCUGGACGGAAGCAGCGGAGGAGAGAGACUGUUGGGACCGGUGCGGGACAAUUCCAGUGACAGCGACGAGGGAUGUGCCACCUGGGGAUCAAGACACAGACACAAUGACGUUAGCCCACAGGCAAAGUCAGGCAGGUUAAAAGACUGCUAUGAAGAUGACCCAGAGCUCACCGCCCAGCUCCAUCAGACUCUGGCUGAUUUUGAAGCGCACCUUGCAGAUCACAUAGAUGUAGUGUCAUCGAGGGAUACCGCCUAUACCAUGUCAACAGAUAGUAAUGAGGUGCCUGUGUCUGUAGUGGACAUGGAUGUGCCAGUCACAGCCAUAGAUGAAGUACUGGAGGACUAUGAACGUCACAUUGUAGAAAAGAAGACGACGUCACGAACCAGGAUUGAGCCAGCUGGCAGAAAGGGUCCGGUCUUUUGUCACCAGUCCAGUGUGGAGCCACAGAACCAAAACAACAAUGCUUGUACAGCUGCUGACAGUAAUAAAAGCAGCAGUGCGAGUGCUAAGCAGCCGUCUCAACCCGAACAGCACAGCAAGUCCCUGGAGAACAAGUCUAUAGCCGAGAAAAAGGAAAAAAAGAUGCUGGGAACAAAAAUGAAAGAGAUGAGCACCACUAACACCAACAGUGUGAAGGAGCAUAGAACAACAUCGGCAGUGAAACCUAACGUUGAGCUUCGGAAACACAGCGAGGGCGCUGAGAUCAAACCUGAUCCUGUGAAAAGCACCGCUCAAUCCUUUCAAGAGAAGAAAUCCGUUCUUCCACCGACCAGUCAGAGAUCGGUGUCUGCGGAGAGAGAUGAAGAGAUGCACAGGGUUUACCAAAACAACUCCAGCACAAACACUAGACACGGUAAAAUCACCCGUAACGUCACAUCCCGCUUCGGUAUGAAAACCUUCACUGUGGUCCCUCCCAAACCCGCUGUCAUGCAUGCUGCUACGGGAGAGCCAGCUGUCAAAUUAACUGUCGGUGCCAUUAAGAUUGACGAUCAAGGAAACAUGGUGAAAGGGGGUAUCUCACGGAGCAGUGUUGGUGGUUCGUCAGAGUCUGGAAUUAAUUCCAGUGAGGGCUCUCCUCUUCUUGGAAAAGCCAAAGCUUUCUGGAGCUCAAAUGAGAGACAAGAAAGUUCUGUGCCCCACAGUAAAGAUCUCAUUGAAAAGGCUAAAGAGAGCACAGAUGGCCUGAAAAGUACUCCCUCUGCAAUCGCAGUUACAGCUUUGAAAAGCAGUGACGCUGAGGACCUAAAAACGAGGCAUAAUUCAUUCUAUAAACAUGCAGCGAAAGCCCAGCCUAAAGAGGUGGUCAAAGAAGGAGCUAAAGAACCAGUGAGAGCCGGCACAGUUGCAAAAGAAGAGCGGGUAGAGGUCGAGAGCAAGAUCUCAGUGUCCAAAAACGUUCAACAGCCAAGUAAUAAACCUGCCCUCCCCCCGCCUUUCCUUCCGGACCUGAAAACAGACCUGUCCUUUCUCAAACUGUCCAGGCGAACCUCGAGCCAAUACGUGGCGUCCGCCAUCACUAAAUACACCCCAAAGCACCAAAUACACCCCUCCACUAAACCCAACUCUAUCCCUAAUGUACAUGACUCCUCUGCUUCCUUGAAAUCACAGGCUAUCGGUUUCCAGAGAUCAGGUCGGUCCAUAACAGUGAAUCCACAGCAAUCGUCCCAGUCGUCUUUGUCAGACAAUAAGGAGAAUAACUCGGCUUCUAAAUCCAACCCACCUUAUCCGAAGAGGUCUAUGAGCUACCCGGAGUAUGUUUCAGAUAUCCAGAGCGAUCACGGAGAAGUGAGAUCGGACAGGGGACGAUUUGGAAGUUGUAUUGGAUCCACCAAAGGAAGCUCUAAUACGCUGGAAACAGAAACAGCCGUGAAUAAGCACCCCGCCCCAAAAAACACGAUCGCCAGUAAUGACAUCACUGAUGUUAAACAAAUUCGACUCAGAAGCCCCAGCCCCGCACAAAGCAGCCCUCUACUCUCAUCUGCCAAAACACACACAGCUCCCGAGACUGUAUCCCAAGGCCGGAUGAGUGACACGAGCGGCACGACCAAGGCAGCCACCCAUCUAACAGCUGAUGCAAAACCACAACCUUCUGUCACCGUGUCAGACAAAGGUGUGACACCUGCGCCUCCUCCGCCAGUAACCUUGUUUGGGCCGGUUCAAAAGUUCAGACCAGUGAUCUCUAGGUCUAUUGAGAAAGACUCGUCUCUCCACGGCAGCCUGAUGGAGGCAAUCCAGACAGGCGGAGCCAGAGACAGGCUCAAGAAGAUAACCACCUCUGGUCUCAGCAGCAUGGAGAAAUCCUCUUAUGUUGAGGAGGAGGAUGAGAGGUCUUCUCUUCUGACUGCCAUUAGAGCCCAGAGCAGCUCCGGAAGGCUGAGGAAGACCAAAUCUGAGGCGGCUGACGAGCUUGUGAAGUUCAGGAAAGUGACCUCUGAGAGAGCUGCAGGCCCCUCCCCUCCUUCUCACUCUCCUCCCUCUUUCACUGGCACUUCUCCUCAUGUCUUUACCCCGCCACCUCCACCUCCUCCCCCUGCCUUGCCCCAGGGUAAGCCUAGCACUGUGCCACAUCCAGGUGCUAACACCCCCGCGAACCCUGCCUUGGCCAGGGAGGCUAUGCUGGAGGCCAUUCGCUCUGGAUCUGCUUCUGAGAGGCUAAAAAAGGUCGCUGCGCCCACAAAGACAGUCCAAGUGAAUGGCAGACUGGGAACAAUCCAAUCAACCUCCUCAACGCUCCCUCGGCAAUAGCGGGGGAAGCCGACAUGACCGCAACAAGGACAACAUUUAUAGUUGUUAUCGAUUCAUUUCAGUUUCUCUUUUUUUUUUUUUUUGUCAUUGUGCUUUUUGCAACAGAUAUUUGAGUGACAUUUUUUUGGAGUGAGAGCUAUUUGAACGUUUUAGGGAACUUUAUAUUAUAUGAUGCGUGACACAAAUAAUAAAUAAUAUAAGAAUAAAGAGUAAUUUCUACAUACCAUCCAGGUAAACUAGAUUAUAGAAAUAGGGCUUCACCGCUCUUACUACCGGUCUGCGCCCUUUACUUAAACUGAUGCACUAAUGUGCAAGGAAGUUAGCAUAAGGAAUGAUUUAAACACUUCUGCCUGUAUGUUGCUCUCCAAACACCACUAACAUCUGUCUGAUAAAGGUGUUACAGGUGGAAGGCUUGCAGGUAAUUCCACUCAUAUUAUCAGAUCUCUCAGUUAGCUUCCAACAACAGCUUUGGAAAAGGUUUAUGUCCAUCUUUAUGACAUAAUCGCUGUUCCUAAAUCGUGCCAUCUGUAUUUGAAUUCAGUAGUUUUAACUGGAACGUUGUACAAACUGUGUGCCAAUGAAAGCUAAUUUAAAUGGUUUAUGCUACUUUCAGAUCUUUCUUUCUUUUUUCUUUAGUUCUGAUCUGUUUGUUUUUAUUUUUUUAUCACAGUUAAGUUAUGGAUGCCUUAUAUUGUUGCUCAGUCAGUGUUAUGUAUAUUGUGUUUGCUGUAAAGAAUUCUAUAAGGGGUGCAAUAAGUUGGAUCUGAUGAUUUUUUUCCAGAUUUGAACUACUUAAUAUUUGUUUAAGAAAUUACGAUUACUGAAAAACUUAAGUACACUUAAAAAAUGUUUGAUUUUAUUGUGUAAAAGUGUAUUUGAUCCGGAUCUGGUCCAUGAUGCCAACUUCUACACUUCUUGGCUCUGAGGAGGAGUAAGAUGGUGGUGACUGACUCGUGCCUUUCAGCUCAAUAUACUCCUGUUCCAGCUUCUAACCUUUGUGCUGCUGUUUAAACUCUAAAGACAUUGUCCUACACGGUCAGUGCCCUCUGCAGAAACGUGUACUUGUACUGUAGCGAUACGACUGACCGCGCCUUCGAUGUAACUAGAUGUGUUAGAGAAACUAAGACAAACCUUGCCUUUCCUUGACAUUUCAACAUUUUUGAAGCAGUUAUUGACGUCUAUCAAUGGUGGGUGUCACCAUGAGCAAAGACAUCACUUAAGUAAUCAACAAGUCACUACUAGUAUGUAAUGGUUUGUAAUACAAACCACCAGUCGUAGGAAAGCAGUAGUCUAGGUUAUCUAUGGCUUUGAUCGAGUGUUUUUGUAUUCCAUUGUGCUCAGCUGUAGGUGAAGUUUACAGUAUGUAGUAGCUAUGGUUGGUAGAGAGAGUGGACCACAGCCAUUAAAUGGUAUCACUGUGGAUAAAGAAGGAUAUCCAUCCUGAAUCAUCCGUAGAAUGGAGACUACUAGAGCGUCCAUAUUCAGGUGUAAAUGCUUGCUGCUGUGGAUUGUGAGAUAAAUCUGAGCAAAGGGACUUGAAGUCUUAAUUUUAUUGAGAUUAAUGUUAAUUCAUGCUCCGUUUCAAAGCUCAAAAAUACUUUUAGUAUUUUAUGUUUCAACACGAGAGUAAAAACCUGAAGAGCUUUUUGUUGUUGUCUUUCUCUCUAACUAGAAGGGACCAUUUUAUUUCUGCUAGAUGGUUUCAUCUACACACAAUAGCCUACAGCACGUUGUCGCAUUGUAUAUUUUGCACACUAAAGAAAGAUUGCCGCCCUGAAAGAUUUGAUUAAAUCUUUGAUAGAGAGCCAUUUCACUGAUAGUGUGAACCUUUUAUAAGCUAUUGCUUUUUAAGUUUUAAGUGCACAUUGUUUUUUCGGAAGGUUGCACAUUUUUUGCCUGCCUUCAUUUUUUGAUUCAAUAAACAAUUUUGCAAUCAAG